ACGCAAACAGUAAUGGCUGCGCCCUGCAUAACGUGAACUUUGGACCUAUUGCAAGUACUUUGCACCUGUUUGCGACCUAGAUAUGGACGGCAGCAAUGUGACAGUUUAGGGAACGUAGGCACAGGUACAUCACAUGUGGAUCCUCAGUAGGGUGAGCAUGGAGGGGGCUGGGAGGCGCCUGAAACACUUGCAGGCGGUGCUGAGCCCCUCGGGAGCCAGAUCUGGACUGAGGAUACGGCUAUCAUCAUCAAGCGGAGAUGGGACGAGGGCAAGUAUCGGUGAUAUCAGCAUCAUCUUGCGGGAUGCCAAAAACCCAGAGCUUGUGCCCCGGAAAUAUCUGCCGGCCAAUGUCUCCCAGUCCGUGUUACGGCACCUGAGAUGGAUCAUGCAAAAGGACCUGCUAGGACAGGAUGUGUUUCUUAUAGGACCGCCUGGACCGUUCCGGAGAGAGGUGGCAAUGAUGUAUCUGGAGUUGACCCAGCGUGAGUCAGAGUACAUUUCAUUAUCUCGAGAUACGACCGAGUCUGACCUCAAACAGAGACGAGAGAUACAAGGUGGAACAGCAUUCUACAUUGACCAGUGUGCAGUAAGGGCUGCUUUGGAGGGAAGAAUUCUGGUUUUGGAAGGAAUUGAAAAAGCGGAGAGGAAUGUGCUCCCAGUGUUAAAUAACCUUCUUGAAAAUCGUGAAAUGCAGCUUGACGAUGGCCGCUUCCUGGUGGCUGCGGACAGAUAUGAUAAACUGCUCCAGGACCAUACAGAGGAAGAACUGAAUUCUCUCAAUCUAGUGCGAGUUAGUGAACGCUUUAGAGUUAUUGCUCUUGGCUUGCCAAUUCCACGUUACCAAGGAAACCCACUAGAUCCACCUUUACGUUCCCGGUUUCAAGCUAGAGAUGUACAUUCCCUGCCUUUUAAGGAAGUUUUAGAAGCCUUACAAGAAAACACUAGGAAUGUGGCUCCCGAAAGGAUAUCCCAGCUGUUGUCGUUUGCAUCCACCAUGUUGACAGCAGAGUCCACCUCCCUCGGGCUACCAGACUUCCCUCUUGACAAUCUAGUACAUCUAGUCAGGAUCAUGGAUGCUGUACCGUCCGUAUCGUCCCUGGAGCUGAUACAGAGACUGUACCCAUACAACCUCAUGCUGGGCACGGAGGGGAAGACGGCCGUUGAGGACACACUCAGUAAAUUCGAGUUGAUUGGGUCGACACCUGUGUAUAGUGUCAGCAAUGUGGAUAAACAUGGAAAUGAGGCAAUGGUGACGCUGUCUCAGGGUCGAGAUGCACAUCCAGUACAGGUGUCUGCCGGGACACUCCCCUCAUCAGCAGGGGACAAGGAAUCUCCGUUCAUCAGGACCGGCUACCAUGAUGCUCUGUUGUCGGAGAUGCUGCAGUCACACGUCACGACAGACUUCUGUCUAGUGGGACCAAGGGGCUGCGGUAAGAGUGUGUUGGUGAAGCAGUUUGCCGACAUGCUGGGAUACCACACAGAACCCAUCAUGUUGUAUCAGGAUAUGACAUCACGGGACCUACUUCAGCAGAGGACAACGUUACCGAAUGGCGAUACCACGUGGCGCCACUCUCCACUUGUCACUGCUGCCCUGGAGGGAAGCCUUGCUGUACUUGAUGGAGUUCAUCGAAUAAACCCCGGGUCCUUCUCUGUGCUGCAUAGAUUGGUACACGAACGAGAUCUGCAGCUGUAUGACGGGACGCGUCUGCUCCAACACGAUCGAUACCAGGACAUACAGGAGAAGACAGGGCUGUCUCAACAACAGCUGGAGGAGCGGAGGAUUUUCCCUAUCCAUCCAUCCUUCCGCCUCAUCGCCCUCGGGGAACCCCCAGUUGUAGGGAGCAGCAAGCAGCAGUGGAUGUCGCCGGAGAUGUUGACGAUGUUCCUGUACCACCACAUGCGACCGCUGUCACGGGCAGAGGAGACAGAUGUUAUACACAGACUGGUUCCUAAUGCUGAAAAUCUAAGUAAAUUGUUUGAUUUUGUCCACAAGCUGAGAGAUUCCACAGACCCCACUAUACAAUCUAUAGCUGCCUCAAUGUCUACCCGCCAACUGCUCCGUAUUGCCAGGAGUCUAGCUCAGUACCCAAAUGAAGACUUGUAUGGCAUUGUACAGAAGGCCUGUCUGUCUAGGUUUCUGCCCCGUCUCGCCCGACAAGCCCUGGAUCAGACUCUCGACUCCGCCGGGAUACAGCCUCUGAAACAGGACCACUCCGUGGCAUCCUACGAGAAUUCUGUGACAUGCGAGGUGCAGGGAGAUAUGCUCCGUAUCGGCAGUACGACGGUUCCGGUGUACAACCCACAGAACAAGACCAAAGUGCCAGACAUUCUCUUCUAUGAAAAUCCACAGCACCUGUCUGUGAUGGAAGACAUGUUGAGAGAUUUCACCCUGGGGGAGCACCUGCUGCUGGUGGGGAACCAGGGCGUCGGCAAGAACAAAAUCGUGGACCGCUUCCUCCAGAUGCUGAACCGCCCCCGGGAGUACAUCCAGCUACACAGAGACACAACGGUUCAGACGCUGACACUGCAACCAACUGUUCAAGAUGGCGUCAUUAUUUACGAAGACUCUCCACUGGUCAAGGCCGUGAAGCAAGGUCAUGUGUUGGUUGUGGAUGAGGCAGACAAGGCUCCCACACAUGUUACAUGUGUGCUGAAGACACUGGUGGAGUCGGGAGAGAUGCAUCUAGCAGACGGCAGGAGGAUUUUGUCAGCCAGGACAGGAAUGUCUCCCUCCAGCAGCGUGAUCGUGGCUCACCCAGACUUCAGGAUGAUUGUUCUAGCCAACAGACCAGGCUUCCCCUUCCUUGGAAAUGAUUUCUUUGGUGCUAUGGGUGACAUAUUUAGCUGUCACGCAAUCGACAAUCCAGACAUUGAGUCGGAGAUGGCGAUGUUGAGACAGUAUGGUCCGAAUGUGUCUGAGGGGACUCUCCGAAAGUUAGUGAUGGCCUUCGGGGAGCUACGAGAUAUGGCGGACCAAGGUCUUAUAUCGUACCCCUACUCUACCCGAGAAGUUGUCAACAUGGUCCGGCAUAUACAGAAAUUCCCAAGUGAGGGCUUGACAACCGUGGUGAAGAACGUGUUUGACUUCGACUCAUACAACCAGGAGUUGCAGGAGACCAUCGUACAGACCAUGGAAAAACACGGCAUCCCACUCGGCGUCCGAGAAGCCAGAAUCAGCCUCGCUAAAGAGUUCCCGUUGCCAAACUUUGAGGUGAUUGGCCAAUGGAAGACAUCAAGUCAGGGAAUGAGACAGAAGACGUCACUCAUGAGUCUGCCAGUGGACACCACACAGAUUGGAGUCAAGGGUCCAGUUGCUAUGUAUUUGGAGACCAAGCCUCUCGACAGAACGGAAGCCCGAUCAGCCGUGUUCACAGAACAGGAGGCAUACUGGCAGCUGCCCAUAGAGGAGAUGAACAUUAUCUGUGAUGUUGCCGUCAGCAAAGCUUCCCACCGGAGUCCAGGCCAGAACAAAACCGACAUGAUCUACGUAGCCACAGCUAACCCUAUCGGUCUGUACGCCAUGGACACGAAGACAAAGACCUGCAACUUUGUUGAUCUGUACGACGUCUUCCCCUCUACCUCCGGCUCCUACAAGCCCAGAGUGAAGAUACAGGCACUCUCAGCUCCCCUAGACGACUCUGUCAUCCUGCAUGAAGAAGUGACUAAUGUAGUUCUGUCGGUGAAUAUCGAGAAUGGCCAGGUGACCAGGUUGAUGAGUGACGCUCUUCCUGAAACACCUCCAGAGAAAAGACGCUUCCCAACAUCAUCUCCAAAAGUUGUGAAUCCGUUUCGCCUGUGUCCUUCAUUUGCCCCUGACGGCUACAACACCGUUGUGUUCUACAAACAGAAUGGUGGCAUUGUGAACUUUCUAAGUGCUUUGGAAGGGAUAUCUCACUCAGUGUCACUUCCUGUCAACAUCCACUCCAUACACCAGAUAGACUCAAACAGAUGGCUGGUCACAGAGUCCAGUGUAUAUGGCAAGUAUGUGAUGGAGAGGACAGCCCCAGCUGAGUUCCUGCUGCAGCCAGUGAAAGAACACGGAGAUCUUGACCAGAAGUUGCUACUGACCAGCACCACCCCUCUCAGUGACAGCGUGCUGAGCAAGGCCCUCGAGCAGAAGAUAUCCAGUCCCAACAGGGUGGCUGUCACUCCCGGAACUUACGCCUCCAUAUUGCUGGGGUUCCCUGACCUGGAAACAGCAGAAGUUUACGGCAUCACACGAGAGCCUCUUCCGACGUCCAGCUCCGAGUCCAAGUCUGACCCCUUCCUGAGUCUGAUGUCCAAACCCACUGCCCCUAACCCAGCCUCCACAAACGUCUUCCUGCCGGAAUCCGGACAGAUCAUCAGAGCCCUCCCCACAUGGAAGGUCGGGAAAGAUAUCCUCCCUAAAGACAGUUCUGUGAAAGACCUGAGUGGCUACCUUGAAGUUGCAGAUAUAGCAAAUCACAAGCUCCGAUACAUUCCAGUUCCUGGAGCUACAAGAGUUUCGCCCUACGCAUCGUGGCUGUUCAACGCAGCUGACGUGAACGUGUUCAUGGCCCCACUGAGUAAUGAUAGUCUGGUGACGGUAGAUAUGGGUGGGUGUGUUCGGACAUGGGAGACAACUCUCGUUCACCUGGAGCGAUCUUUGCAAGAAUGGAGGAACAUGAUUGGCUAUCAGGAAGACAAACCACUCCAAUUGACAGUAGAGAAGGAGAGUGGGCGUGAUGAUCAUGGGGACAUUGACCCCAAGCAUGGCAAGGUUGACCCAGACAAUAGUCCCCAUGUCGGCGGCAACACAUGGGCAGGUGGAGUGGGUGGUAGUGGCACAGCGGGUCUUGGUGGUUUUGGUGGUCCAUACCGCCUAGACGCAGGACACGAUGUUCAGCAGGUGCCACAGUGGGAGAAGGAUGCUGUUCCUGAGUCUGUAAGAGAAGCUGCCAGACAGAUGAAAGAGAAAGCAUUUAAAGAAAGGUUACGAGAGAUUCAGAUGAGUGAAUAUGAUGGGGAAACGUAUGACAAGUUCUCCAACAGUGUGAAACGACAAGUGCAGUCUCUCCGCGUCAUCCUGGAGAGUUUACAGGCCAAGGGUAAGGAACGACAGUGGCUGAAGAACCAGAGUUACGGAGAUCUGGAUGAUUCCAAGUUGAUAGAGGGGUUGACAGGGGAGAAGUCCAUUUACAGGAGGAGGGGUGAGAAGGAGCCAGAGAUGGGAACACCGCAAGAGAAACCAAAGCGGCUCCGCCUGGUGGUAGAUGUGUCGGGGAGCAUGUACCGCUUCAACGGCCAUGACGGCCGCCUGGAGCGUGAGAUGGAGGCUACGCUGAUGGUGAUGGAAGCUUUUGAAAAGUACGAAGACAAGUUCAAGUAUGACAUCUACGGCCACUCAGGAGAGGAUUACAGGGUUGAGUUUGUUAAUGCAGAUAAACCACCCACCAACAACCGAGAGAGACUCAAUGUGCUGAAGCUGAUGCACGCCCACUCCCAGUUCUGUCUGAGCGGAGACAACACACUGGAGGCUACCAAGAACGCCAUCCAGGUCAUCGGCAAUGAAGAGGCUGACGAACACUUCGUUCUCCUCCUCAGUGAUGCCAACUUCGACAGAUAUGGAAUCCGACCUUCGCGAUUUGCAGAAAUCCUUAACUCCAAUGAAGACGUCAAUGCCUAUGCUAUCUUCAUCGGAUCACUUGGCGAUCAAGCCGUCAGGCUGACGAAGCAGCUACCGAUGGGUCACGCCUACGUGUGUAUGGACAACAAAAACCUGCCCCAGAUUCUCCAACAGAUCUUCACAUCCACCAUGCUGUCCACAUGAUCAUAAAGUCUGUAGUCAACAAUGUAUAUUUUAUAUCAGGAAAUGUGAUCUUGUCCAUUAUAGGCUACCAUAGUGCUGCAAAAUAAAACUCUGAUCAUUCUCUUAGGAAUCAGGGAUUCCACAAAAUAGAGUGACCUUGGAAAUCUGAUAAAGGGCAUUAAAAAAAUUGUCCCCGAUACUUGAUCAAACUUGUCCACAAACAAUGUUUUACAAAUAAGCUGUGAAUGAUACCCUCUUCAAUAAUUGACAGGUUCAUACACUCUAUGUUCCUGCACCAUUCAAGGAUGUUUAUGGAAGCUUUGUGAUGAGUCGUCAUUCUUUACUGGUUACUCAAAGACCUAUAUUCUGACUUAUGACACAGGUAACAUCACACGCAGAUAAGCUGGUGGGGUGGCCUAGUGAUUAAGGCAUUUGCUCAUUCCUCUGAGGACCUGGGUUUGAUUCCCGAAUAUGGUACAAUGUGUGAAACCCAUUUCUGGUGUCCCCCACCAUGAUAAUGCUGGAAUAUUGUGAAAGGCAAUGUCCAAGCAUACACACUCACUCACAUAGCCUGGUGGUCACUCUGUCCAUAUCCUGCACAUCAGAUAAAUCAAGUUCACAUAAAUUCCUAGAAAUCCUUUUGACUUCCAUCAGUUGAAAACAGCCACGUUUCAAAAGCUUAUCACUACACUGCAAAACAUCCAUAUCAAUUCAUGGCUGGUGAAAAAACAUAGUAUACUCAAGAAAAAAGUAACACAUCAUGAAUAUCUUGGGGAUGCUUUGUGCUCUGUCUAAAUUUAUAUAUUAAUUGACAUUAAGUUCAUGUAAUUUACACCAUUACUAGCCUAACUGAUAGCCUUGUGAGUGAACCUUCCAGGUCUUAAUAUUUAAAUGAUGGCAACCAACGCCAGGACAAAGUGAAGGCUGAUAUUUAAAGUUAGUUUUUAUAUGUGGUAUAAUUACUGUGUGUCUAUAAUGUAUGUACGGGUCAGUUUUCUGAAUGGAAUAAUAUUUAUUUCAUUCUUUUUAACCACUAUAAGGGUGUUUGUGUGAUGAUUUUAUGUUGAACUGAAUGUGUAUUGUUUCAAAGAGUGAGUGUUAUAGCAAGCAUAUUGUUAAUGAUUUUACAUAUUCUACUGAAGAAUAAAUGACUGCUGCAAGCAAUCAGUUCUUUUCAACUAAGAGUUAGUUUCCAAUAUAGUUAAUAAUGGCAUUCAAAUACUUCCCCUAAUCUGCUUGUCUUGGAUUUCAUUAUGAUUAUUAUGCCACUGAAUAUUGUAGGUCGGGUUGGAGCAGUUUUCUACAGGGCCAAUAUUCAAUAUGCAGAGUUGCAUCCCUUAGUUACCAGGAUCUGCUGAUCUAAAAUUGAAAUCACAGCAUUGCAGUGUUAUAUCUAAUCUCACAUACCUGGUCAUGUCCCUGACUGGCCUAGGCCCCGUUCCUCAAAGCGAUCGUAGCGCUAAGGUGAUCGAAACGCCCAUACUUUAACACAGACUUACGACUGUUGUAGCGCUACGAUCGCUUUGAGGAACAGGCCCCUGAUUGUGUUUCUUUGUAGGUCAUCACUGCCACAAGAAGUGUCAACAGGUGGUGUUGAUGAUAAAUAUAGAAUGUUUGUGGUAAACUUUCGUGGAUGCGCUAUUUGGAUGAGAUGUUAUAGGUCUUGUGUAUAUUGUUUUGGAUGUAAAACCUUUUUCAUCUGUGGAACUAAACAGAUUGUGUACUCUAUUUUGUUCAGCUGUAUAAGUUUUUCAGAAAGGUCUGAUUGCUGAAGUCAAGCCUAAUCUCUAGGCUGUAGUAACAUUAUGGUGUAUUUUGAUAGCAAUGAAUUAAAACAGAUGAUAUGCAAGACA